AUGUCGCAGAGGCAUACCCGCUCUCAAAAUCGCCCGAGUAAUGUAUUGAAAGAUACGAAGUCUACUUUGGUAGUGAAUUCGUGCUGUGCUAAUGCAGAUGAACAAUUACAGAAAUUUAAGAAAGAAAUCGUAAGACUGAAAAAUGCACUGGAAAUCAAAGAGCAUGAACUUGAAGACAUGGAAACCAAGUUCCAAAGCAAGAUUGAAGAGUUGAAAAGAGACAAUUCAGACAAGGAUGAACACAUUGAACGACUCAGAAGGAGAACACAAGAUUUUGAGGACGAGGUAUAUGAAAGUGAACAAAGCUUUCUUACAGAUUCUAAUAGGAAUAAGCAAACAAUUAUGGAUCUGAACAAGGAAAUAAUACGCUUGGGACGGGAAAAUGAAGAAUUCAAUGAUAAAUUGAAGGAACUAGAAUCAAAAAAUGCUAUAUUAGAGAAUAACAUUGUAGAACUAACUGCAAUCAGAAGAAACAUGCUGACUUCAAUUGAAGUACUUACAAUAGACAACGACCUCUAUGGCAAUGAGUUGAAGAAGAUGAAAAAGGAAAACUAUGAUCUCAGAAACAAAGUGAAUCACACUCACCCUGUAGUCAAAGUAAACAAUCUUUCCUCACCUGAAAAAAGAAUCGCUUCAAUACCACUUGUGUGUUCGAAGGAAGAGAAGGAUGAAGAAGAAAACGGUAGUUUUGAUAAGGAAAUAUUAUUUGUAUCAGGAAAUCAUGGAAGAGGUGUAGCCCAAAUGAUUAAAACACAGAUAGGAAAUUCAUUCAAGGUUCACUCUGUUCUGAAACCAAACGCGGGUGCUUAUGUACUACUGCAGACAGCUCUAGAAAACUCCAAAAAAUUUUCGAAAAACGACUUGGUCAUACUAUGGCUACAAAAUACUUAUGAGUAUCCCAACACGAGGAUCCUUUCCCAAAUGAACCACACAAAUGUCCUGAUCAUCACAGAACCGUAUCGCUAUGAUUUCGAUUAUAUAAAUGACCUCGAUUAUAUAAAUAAGUCAAUUUACGAAAAUAACCUACACCUAGCCAAGAUGAACAAAUUACUGUGCUAA